AUGGAAUUAAGAAAAAUGCAUCCCUUUUUUUUUUAUAAAGAUUAUCUAUCAUUCUAUAUAAUCGUAUGUUUCAUUUUAUUAGUAAAUCAUUCGUUUGCAAUUUCUAUUAAGAGGAAUUAUAACAGCAUUCUGUUUGAUAAUAUCAACUUGAGUAAAACUAAUCAUCAAUUUUAUAAGAAACCAGAUAAUUUAACUUUAAGAUCAUAUAAAUAUAAAAAACCCAUAGCAUCUAUUAGUUCUUCUAUAAGUAAGAAAUUAUCUAACAGAAAAGGAGAAUCAGAAAAGGAGAAAAAGAGUUUUACAGAAAUAAAUAAUAGUAAAAAUGAGAUAAAAUAUUAUGAGAAAUUUUAUAAUAAUAUAAAUCAAGAAUUAAAUAAUAAUUCUAGUACAAAUAAUUUUCAUGACACAAAAGAUAAAGAAAAGAAUAUUUACAUAGAUAAAAUAAAAAACAUAACAAAUUUAAAUUCUGUUCCUAAAAAUUAUGAAGAAAAAAAUAUAGAUAAAAAAAAUUUCAUAAACACUGAAAAUGGUAAUUCAAGGAGUUAUGUUGAUAAUCAAACUAAAAAUAAUAGAAUAACAAAUAAUUCUAAUAAUUUGAAAAAUAUAAAUAAUGAAAAUAUUGAAAAGUUUAAAAGGGAUAUUUUUGAAAAUGAUUUAAUGAAUACUAUAGCUGAUAAAUUGGGAUUUAAUAAUAAAAAAUUUGAUAAUAAUAAAGACCAUAUGAAUUACAAUAAUAAUAAUAAUAAUAAUGAUGAAAAUAAUAAUAAUUAUAAUAAUAAUGAAGAUAUUAAUAAUGAUAAUGAAAAUAAUAAUGAAAAUAUUAAUAAUAAUAAUGAUAAUAAAGAUGGUAGUGAAAAUGAUAAAGAAACUAAUUUUCUUUUAAAAGCAUUAGAAAGUGGAAAAUUUCCAAAUUUUUGUGUUGUUGAAAAUAUAGAUGAGAAAAUAGAUAAUUGUGAAAUAUACAUGAAUAAAGAAAAGAUGGAGGAAUUAAAUAUAAGUGAUGGAUUUACUGUUUUAUUAAAAGGAAAGAAAAAGAAAGAAAUGUUAGGAAUAGCUCGAGUUGAUGAAAGUUUAAAAAAAAAUUUUGUUAUAAUAUCUUUUGCAAUGAAAAAAAAUCUAAGAUUAAUGCAUAAUGACAUUAUAAAAAUAUAUCCAUUUAUAAAAGUACAAAAAAUAAAAAGUGUAUUAAUAAGUCCCUUUAGCGAUACUGUAGGAAGUCUAAGUAGAGAUGAAAUAGAGAACAAAGUGUUAAAACCAUAUUUAAAAAAUAGCUAUAAGCCAUUAUAUGUUAAUAAUAAUAUAUAUAUAAAUUAUAAAAAUAAUAAAGUGGAGUUUAAAAUAUUAAAUAUAUCAACAGAAGAAAAUGAAAGUGAAGAAUGUGGUUGUAUAAACGAAGGAUCUGAAAUAAAUCUCUCUGAAGAAUAUUUAAAUAGAGAAGAUUAUGAAGAACAUAAUGAUGAUAUUACUUAUGAAGAUAUUGGUGGUAUGAAAAAACAAUUAAAUAAAAUUAGAGAAUUAAUUGAAUUACCUUUAAAAUAUCCAGAAAUUUUUAUGAGUAUAGGUAUAUCAGCCCCAAAAGGUGUAUUAAUGCAUGGAAUACCUGGAACUGGAAAAACGUCGAUAGCUAAAGCGAUCGCUAAUGAAAGUAAUGCAUAUUGCUAUAUUAUAAAUGGACCAGAAAUAAUGUCUAAACAUAUUGGAGAAUCAGAACAAAAACUAAGAAAAAUAUUUAAAAAAGCAAGCGAAAAAACUCCAUGUAUCAUAUUUAUUGAUGAAAUUGAUUCUAUUGCUAAUAAAAGAAGUAAAAGUAAUAAUGAAUUAGAAAAAAGAGUUGUUUCACAAUUAUUAACUUUAAUGGAUGGUUUAAAAAAAAAUAAUAACGUUUUAGUGUUAGCAGCAACUAACAGACCCAAUUCAAUUGAUCCAGCGUUAAGAAGAUUUGGAAGGUUUGAUAGAGAAAUUGAAAUUCCUGUUCCUGAUGAACAAGGAAGAUAUGAAAUUUUAUUAACAAAAACAAAAAAAAUGAAACUAGAUUCGGAUGUGAACUUAAGGAAAAUAGCAAAAGAAUGCCAUGGUUAUGUUGGUGCUGAUUUAGCUCAAUUAUGUUUUGAAGCAGCUAUUCAAUGUAUAAAAGAACACAUCCACUUUUUAGAUUUAGACGAAGAAGACUUUAUUGAAUUUAUGAAAAUAAGUGUAGAUCAAAAGCAAAAAGAAGUUUCUAAUAACACAUCAGAUAUUGAUAAUAAUGAAGAAAGUGAAAAAUUGAAUAAUAAAAAUAUGUUUAUGUCUAAUAGAAAUGAUGAAGAAAAAAAAAAAAAAAAAAUCGGUAAUUUUUUUUUUAGAAAAGAGAAAGAAAAAGUAUUAAAUGAAAAAGAUAAUAGUGAUAAAAUUUCUGAUAAAAAAAUAGAUGGAAAAACAAAAAAAAUACCUUCAUAUAUAUUGAACAAGUUAACAAUAAAAGCAAAACAUUUCCAGCAUGCAUUAAACAUAUGUAACCCAAGUUCUUUAAGAGAAAGACAAGUUCAAAUCCCAACUGUUACAUGGAAUGAUAUUGGUGGGAUGAAUGAAGUAAAAGAACAAUUAAAAGAAACCAUUUUAUAUCCAUUAGAAUAUAAGCAUUUAUAUAAUAAAUUUAAUUCAAAUUAUAAUAAAGGAAUUUUAUUAUAUGGUCCACCAGGAUGUGGUAAAACUUUAUUAGCGAAAGCGAUAGCAAAUGAAUGCAAAGCAAAUUUUAUUUCUGUAAAAGGUCCAGAAUUAUUAACCAUGUGGUUUGGUGAAUCAGAAGCUAAUGUUAGAGAUUUAUUUGAUAAAGCGAGAGCAGCAUCACCUUGUAUUAUUUUUUUUGAUGAAAUUGAUUCAUUAGCUAAAGAAAGAAAUAGCAAUAAUAACAAUGAUGCUAGUGAUAGAGUUAUUAAUCAAAUUUUAACUGAAAUAGAUGGAAUUAAUGAAAAAAAAACUAUUUUUAUUAUUGCUGCUACUAAUAGACCUGAUAUUUUAGAUAAAGCAUUAACAAGGCCAGGAAGAUUAGAUAAAUUAAUAUAUAUUUCUUUACCUGAUUUAAAAAGUAGAUAUAGUAUUUUUAAGGCAAUUCUUAAAAAUACUCCUUUAAAUAAAGAUGUUGAUAUUUAUGAUAUGGCAAAAAGAACAGAAGGAUUUUCUGGUGCUGAUAUAACUAAUUUGUGUCAAAGUGCUGUAAAUGAAGCUAUUAAAGAAACAAUUUAUUUACUAAAAAUUAGAAAAAAAGAUAAAUAUAAAAAUGGAAAAAAUAAAUCUGAUAAAAAUCAAGAAAACGAUUUUUAUGAUCCUGUUCCUACACUCUCUAAAAAACAUUUUGAUUUAGCUUUUAAGAAUGCUAGGAUUUCUAUUCAACCAGAAGAUGUAUUAAAAUAUGAAAAUUUUAAAAAAAAACUUACCUUACAAGAUUUCGCUUAA